AAUGCAAUUGGAUUCCACCAUUCCUCUCUUCCUCACUCCCUGUUUCUCUCCACCACCUCACACAGUCCGCUCGAAGCUGCUUCUUCUCCGGGCAUUCCUCUCUGUUCUGCUCUCAUACGACCUUCUGCGAGUCUCAAGCCAAAGUCCUACCACCGCGGGCUAUGCUUACACGCCAAGGAUGACGAGAUUUGUUCCUCCACCAUUGAUGAUGCCCUCUGCUCUUACGCAAUGACCACAUUUCUCUGCUUCCACACCAUGAACACAAUUGUCCUCUCCUACCCGGCGGCCGAUGCAUCCUUCAAAUUCUUCCUAUCCUCGUUCUCACAUGUAUGAAGUUCCACCUCGCAUUCGCGCA